GAGAAAAUAAUCUUAGGAGAAAAAAAAAUGAUUCUUGUAGCAUGCACAAAAUGUAGAAUAAUGUUAUAGAAAGUGCAAGCUAAUGACAUAAACAUGCACUUUACAAAAGUGCAGAUUAAUGUAACAAAAGUGUUACUUCUUUUCAUAUUCAUUCAAUUGAUAAACAAUAUAAUGUUGAUUAUUUAAAUUACUACUAGUGGAAUUUACCUUAAUUAAAUUGGUGUUGCACACAAUUUUAAACAAAGAUGCGGCUAUUCAAUGUUGAAGUGCAAAUCCAUAUAUCGUUGGGUGGAUUAAUGGUGCAAGGUGUUUUUAAUAAAUGGAAUGGAAGUACGUUAUUUGGAAACAAAAUAUGAGUCUUUCAAUUAAUUUUCUUAAUUAAUAGAAACUUUCAACUAUGGAAUUACGUGUGCAAGCCAUGAAGCCAGGUGAUAACUAACAAAUUAAAUGCUUGAUAAUUAAUGGUGCUAACUCUUGGGGAAAGUUGAGUUGAGCGGUUGCAAAAUGGUAAAACAAAUGAGAUUUUUAAGGAAAUAUAAUUAGUGGUCCGAUUGCAUGUAUUCCGUAUUAUAAAUCCAUUGACACCUUUGCUCUUUAUUAUUAAUUACGUUACUAUUAUGAUUAAAAUUGUCUUUCACGACUCCUCUUAAUUACGACAUUGCCAUCACCCAUUAUAUGUGAUCUCAAUCCUUGAUUAAGUAUAUUAGAUAGUUAGAUUUUGUUCUUUUUUUUUCUUCUGGGUUAUCAUUCUCACAUGAAACAUUCACUAUAUAUAUAUAGGGUGCAGUCCCGGUGAGAACAUUCCUUAACGUGAGAAAUGAGAACACUCCAAAACGGUACAUGCACUUUAUCCUUCACAAAACUGCACAUUUAUAGUUAAAGUAAUGCAAAAUUCUAAUGUGCACAUUUACGUUUAAAAUUCUGCACAGACGAAAUGCACAUUUUCCAAUUUUUUAUAUGCACGUUUCUGUUUUACAUGAUGCACAAUGCUCAAAUCCAACGCUCGAGAAUCAUUCUCAUUUCUCUCAUAAGAUGUAUUCUCAUUUGAUCCUUACCCUAUAUAUAUACACACAAAAAUAAAAUUCAAAUGACCCUAAACUUGGGAUAACAGAUAAAUUCCGCUAGCUUCACUAAACUUGCGCACGGUUGGAAAUCUUCUGCCGGAGAAUCGGUCCUUUUUUUCUCACCAAGUGUUUAGGUGAUAAAAGUGGUGACAAAUCCUCUCCUUAAUAGCACUACAAUCUCAUAAAAUGAAGUUCCCGCUCACCCAACUUUUCCUAACACCCGUCCGAUUCUCAUAACUUAAAUCCACGGUUUCUGAAUCCUUAUACCUUUCUCUUCCAUUUCUUUUCCUUAUCUCUUCUUCCCGCAUGCUGCUUCCUUAAAAUUCUUGGAAAUCUAGCUACAUCCACCAUCUCCCCGGAAAUAAGCAUUUAGGCGAAAUCAUGUGGAGUAAUCUGCCCGGAAAUCAUUCUAUAAAGGAAUGAGUAUUUUUUCGUUCAGAAUCGUUCUUCAUCCACUUCUUAGAUUCGUCCAUCUUUUCCGAAAUCCAGCUGAUUCAAACUGAGUUCAAGGUAAAUUCUUCUUCUAAAUCAUAUAAUCCAUCUUUGAUUUUUAACUGAUUUCCUAUUUGCUAGGUUUACAGGGAGAUGGCCUUUAGUUCAAAAGUUUAUUGCCCAACCUUCAUCCCCGUAGAUCAUCCAUAUCGGGAUUCACCUUCGGAUCAAUUUCUCCUCCAAUUCUGGGUGGAGCUCCCCGGUCAAUCUCCUGGUUCUUCGUAGCUACGAAGUGCCUUUACCAAGUAGAAGUGCUCAGGUCAGUAUUUUCUUGAAAUUGAGCCACGCUCAUGGAGUAGAUCAUGGGAUUGGGAUACUUGUAAUUUCUUACUCUUCUAACAGGUUUACAAGUUGACAUGAAUUCUGAGAGUAUAAUUUGCUGAUUCCAAGAGUGCUCAGUUAAUAUAUCAGUUUGACAUGCCCUUUCAGUUCAUGAGUCCACAUACCAUCCUCUCAUUUGGAAGAAGAUCUUAAAUGGCUCCAAAAUUGCUUAAACUGGCUGAAGUCACUGGAAUACUUGAACCCCAUGAUGCGAUAUUGGUUCGUGUUGUUCGCAAGUGGAUUGUUCAUUACAAAGACACAGAGAAGGGAGUCCGUUCUUUAGAGCUUUUGCUUGAAGAUGAGAAGGUGAGCAGAUGGGGGUCUCAACAUCAUAUAAUGCCUCAAAGGUUCUCCUUGACGUCAAUGUCCCUUAUAUCGAAGGGGUUCGAACCAAGUAAUAUUGAUAACGAUCUUCAUGGCAACCUUCAAUAAGCUUUGUCAAUCUAUUCAUGUGAAUCUUUCUUAAUCCUCACAUGGCAAUCUAAUAUUGUAACACACUUUACCUUUGUUUUCAACCUUGGUAAGUUGGUAAUGGCGUUUUAAACUUAGUAUUGUCAUCGACUCAUCAAUGGUGAACAAAUAAUGCAACCACUUCAAGUCAUACAAAUAACACAUGAUUACUAAAUUAAAACACUCUUCAUAGUUGUAAGUGCAUAUGUUGAUCCAGCCUUGCAUAUAGGGUGAUUAGUGUCAAAAUAUUGUAGAGUAGAGACCAUGAUAAGUGUGAAUAUUGAUAAUAUUGAUAAUGUCCAUGAUAAGUGUGCAGUAUGUAGCAGAUUUAAAAAAACACUUUUAGCAAUUAUUUCAAUCUAUUGACAUUUAUUGAAAUUACUAAGGAUGUUGGAUAUGGGCUCAUCACAAUCCUUGAGCUCGACAUCAUCACGAGCUGCAUUAAGUGAUGAUAAAGAAGUUGGAAUUGUCAAGAUGUUGUCUGAACUACAAACUACUAAGGAGGCUCGUGGGUUGUGGUUUUAUGGGAAGAUAAACGCUAUUCUGAAUGCUACCAGUUGGGCUUAUAUGGGAUGCUUCAAAAGGUCAUAUUUAGUGAUAGCCUCCAAGACAGUCAUAUUUAGUCACAAUUAGAUUCUUAAUUAAUCAUUACAUUUAUUUAGAUGUUUACAUAUCUAAAUAAAUAACUUAAGCUACGAGGAAAGGACAUACUUAAGCUGCGAUUCAGCAUCUUCCUUCUGACUCAGAUAACGAGCUCUUUCAAGACAUUCAUUCUCCAGAAUUUCUUAAGAGCAUCAAAUGUUCUGGUGUGCCAAGUCAUGAACUGAAGUUAUAGGUGGGUGUGUCUGUGAUGCUUAUGAGAAACAUAGAUCACACUGUUGGGUUAUGCAAUGGCACGAGACUUAUGGAAACUAAACUCGAGACUCAUAUUAUUGAGACUCAGAUGAUGUCAGGAUCAAAUGCUGGUGAAAAAUAUCUUAUUCUCAGACUUAGUUUAACUCCUACGGACUUGAAGCUCCCCUUCACGUUUCAGCACAGACAAUUUCCUCUUAUGGUUAGUUAUGCGAUGAUGAUUAAUAAGAGUCAAGGACAAUCGUUAGAAAGGGUUGGUUUAUUCUUGCGGCGUCCGGUUUUUACUCACGGACAGUUAUACGUUGCGGUAUCGAGAGUUACAAAUCCAUCCGGGUUAAAAUUUGUCAUAUGUGACGAUGAUGGUCAAC